AUGAGUACAGAAUUAACAUAUGAUGAAAUAGUAGAACAUAUUGUUCAAAAUAAAGAAAUCCCGAAUUCUGUUCAAGUACCAAACAUUAUACUUGAUGAUUCACAACGUAGUGAAUCCACCAUGUCACCACGGUAUAAACCGUGGGAAAGACGACAUAAUGGGGAUAUGACCGGAAACUCAGCGGUUGAUACUACAACUUCCAAGCCUUCGAACUAA